AUGCUUCUUGACUUGCCUGAUUUGGAAUGUAUGGAGCGGCCGGAGGGCCGAAGCGCCAGUGAAGAGACGCUUCAGUCGACCACCGUGACGCACAGCUUCCCCACAGGAUUUUUCUUCCUCUCGUAUCAAAGUUUCUCCUCGCAAUCCUGGUGCCAAACUUCAAGUAAUUUGACUUCACUGAGUGCAACUCAACCGCUCAUUACUCUGCAUCUCUGGCAAACACUUACUAGUAGUUUCUUUAUGACUCUCAGUCCUGUCAAUCUUCCGUUUGAAUUACCCAACGAAGACCGGCCGUCCAGGUUGCCUAGUCCUUUGGCAAACUCAGACGACGCAUAUUCUACUAUUAGUGCCGGGGAGUUCGGAUCUGUCCAUGAAGGCAGCGACCCGGACGCAUGCACUGGUCAGGAAAUGUCAUCGGACGGCCUUGUUCCCGCUUCGAGUUCUCCAGUGUUCUCAUCUCCCACAGCUGCUGUAACGCCUCCGGACAACGACUACGGCGGGGACAUCUCAAGCUACAGCUUCCGACCUAUCGUGAUCGAAGGUGAUGGCUCUGUGGGUUCACCUGGCGACUUCUCUGCGGAUUCGGAUGAUGGACUCAACCCUUGCUUGAGAACGUCCGAAGCUUGCAAGGAGCAAACAAGCUUAACUGUGUCUCCUUCUAGCUCCUCUGUGCACCGGGAAUAUUUCACUAACGGCUCUAUCAAUGUUCAAAGUUCUGGGGAUGUCGAUGGGUGCAAAUCCGUGGACGACGAUAUGGCUAUAUGCUCUCCCUUACCAUCUCGAUCAGAGCCCUCCUUCCUCUGUCGUGUCAAUGAUAUGCUACUCGCUGUACAGCAGGAGCGUCGGCAAGCUGAGUUCCGACAGCGCAUAGUCAAUCGUCCUAAUGAGACAGGCUCCGGUACCCAUGUCCAUGCGCCCGCUACUAGUGCUUUGAAUGGUCCUUCGUCGGAAACAAGUAUUCUUCUGGGCAAUCCAGACAACCGGUCGGGUAGAACCUACGCUGUGUCUACUCUCUUUAGUCCUGUGCUAUAUUCUACAUCCGUAAUGGCCUCUGCAUCUGACUCCGAUGGAACUUCUUCAUCAGCGAUUGUCUCUCGUUCGAUUUUCUCCGGCUCUACUUCGCAGUCUGGCUCUACGCAGUCCGUGUCUCGUCCCUGCUCUCUCAGUCAAUCUCAGCCUUACAACGCAAACUCUGAUCGCGACAAACCCAUCUCCGCAGACCAGAGCAGUAUGGACGUUACCGUGGAGCGCACAUAUACCUAUGCUCACGCUGGCGACCCCGAAGGAAGACACCUCAACGUGGACAGCCUAGCAUCUCCAGCAAGUCCUGGCGAGCAAAGGAAGAAUGAAGCCACGUCAACGGAGCCUCAGGCAAGCUCGCGACCCGUUCUUGGCCUCAAGCGUCAGUUAUCAACUCGUGGAGCCCCCCCUGCAAGGGAAGUGAACCGCAGCCCACUCAACAAGCGCAAAUCAUGCGCAUAUACCCACUCCGAGGAAUCGGACCAGUACCAAGUGGAACGCGGGCGCAAACGAGUCAGGCUGUCCAUGGAGUCCCGGUUUUUCAAGCGGAAGGAUAGCGGAGGCCUCAAAAGCAAACCUCGGCAAGAAGAGCCCAACGCGUCCAUGAAUCGUGCCUAUGCGAAAGUCCCUGCGAGUCUCAGACGGGCCGAGUCGCUCAUGUCGGAGGCGUCGAUGUACGCAGAAGAGAAGGAGAACCUUGAUCCGCGAGGACACGCCGAUGAUGAAGCAAAAUCGUCAGACUCAACGCCCCACGAUGGUAGCAGUUCAUUCGCAAGUAGUGGGAAGUCGUCUAAUCGCACCCCGAAAACUUUCUAUACUCCUGAGUACCACUAUAUUCCUACUGCUCCUGCUACACCCGCUACACCCGUCCAAACUCGGCGGGGUGUACGAUCUACUCGCCAGCGUUCGCACAGUCGGACUGAAGACUUGGCAGCUGUGCCGAUUAUUGCGCCUCCUCCAUUCGAGAUGAUCCCGAGGGGGCCUAUUUCAGCGGAGGAUUCAGCCGAGCAGAGAAUCACAGUCAUGUUGGAGAAGGAGAGACAGCAACGGGAAGAGGAUCGUCUCGGAGCUAGGAGCCAGAGAACAUCCGGACCUCAGGCGGAUGAGAUAGUUAAAGAUGAGCACGAUGAAAGAAAUGGGGCGGAUGAACAAGUGCAUGCUUGGAGAGCAGGAGUGAAUGCGGGUAAUCCGGAAGAAGCGAUUAAGGUAAAGAUUGAAGACAAGUACGGCGAAGAAAGCGUGUUUAGCCGAAUGCCUCUGUUCUCGCUUGGGAUAGAAGAAGGUUUGCGAAGAGAGGUUGUCGAGUGGAUCCUGGAUGUGGUCCCUGGAACGUACCCCACGAAGCCUAAGUUCUGCUUGCACCUGCGUGACCAGCUCACUACUUCAGAAGAGACACGUUUUCACGCUGCGUACCUAUUUAUGCGCUACUUUUUGCGCGUCGGCAGUGGGCCCGAGUCUCCCAAGGCUAGAGGUAUGGACAUGAUUCUGCUGCGCGAAGGUCGUGAGGCCGUGACGUGGGACGUGGCUGUUGCCUGUAUUGCGCUUUGUGUAAAGUUUCACCGGGAUGCGCUACUGCCCUUGUACAUCAUUCUUGCUUGUGAAUUUUUGUCCAUAGCUCCGCACUCCAUAUCAAACGAUGAUCUCGAGGCGUCGCAGCGAGAUGUCUUGCAGACCUUCUCCUUCAGCAUCGGCAGUAUCACGCCAGAAUCGUACAUGCAAGAACUGUGGCUUGCGCUGCCUAGCCUGCGAAAGCUGCUAGGCUUUGAUAACGGCUGGAAGGUCGCACAGACGGAGGCAUGGUCUGUGUUACUUGAUGCUCUCUUACAGGAGGAUAUGCUCCGCUUCCCUGUGUCGCUGCUGACCGCCUCAGCGCUAAUCGAUGGAGUCGUCGAGUCGCUCGCGCGCCGGUACAUGGAGGAGUCGUUCCGCAAGGUGGGCUGGCUCACUACCAGCUGUCAGUGCAAACAAUUCAGGAAGAAGGCCAUCAAGGCCGCGUCGGGGUUCAUGCUCGACAUACAGGAGAUUCUCGGAUAUUCAGCGAAGGAUUUGAAAUUCUGUCGGCAGUGGUUGCGGUCGAUCGUCUGA